UUGUAGCCGGUGGCUCUGCCGGCCAAUCGUGUGCCGCCUCUGAGGAAGCAGGAAGGAACACGCCGACGCUGGUCGACCAAUCGGAGGCCUGCCCUCCCGUUCAGGAAACCUCUGGUGGAGUAUCUGGUGUUCAGAGCAUCAACAGACUUCCUAACUGACACAUCUGAGUGUCUGGCUUUCAGUCCUCCUUUGCUUUUCUAUCUAGAGUCCAUAUUUGACCACAAUUCUGCUCCGGACUCACUGAUCCAGUUGUUUCRUAGAUCCAGUCACUGUUUCUCCAAACGGGUAUAAAAGUAUGGUUGUACGUCAGUCAUGUCCGCCGGCAUGCCUGCUCCUUCGCUGAGGAACAAGAAGUCAUUCGCUCGGAGCUSCAGACCGAACACCAGCAUGUGUUACCGAGAACAAAGAGAGUUCAUGGUGAUGAGAGCAGCCGAAGAAACAACUUCCAGCAACGUCUUUCCUUUUAAAGUCGUCCAUUUCAGUAAAAAACACCGAACCUGGUUCUUCUCUGCAGCCAGUGAGGCAGAGCGACGGAAAUGGAUGAGAUAUCUGAGGAGGGAGAUCGACCACUAUAACGAUCGGAAAGAGGCUCAUAUUUCAAGUGACUCAGAUUCAGAUGCUGACAGUUUCUAUGGAACAAUAGAGAGACCAAUGGACCUGAAACACCCUGUAGAUACUACAGAUGAUGAAGAGCGACUCCAGACGGGCAGAGUUUUCGCUCGCUGGUGGACGAGAAGCCGCUGGAGAUCAGGAGGAAGGAGGAGAAGGAGCGCUGCGGAGGAGACGAGUCUGAUGACGACUACGAGACGGUUCAGCUUCCAAAAUCUGUUUUCAUCAAUUCAACAGAAACCAGCUUUGUGGAAAAACUCUUCAGGGAGAACGAAGGGCCUCCGCAGGACGGACUUUAUGGCAUCAGAAACUCCAGAACUAAAACCACACGGGUUCUGGUUGUUUGGGACGUCAGUAUAAACAAAGCCAGAAACUAUCGUCUGUUUGAGGAGGGCGACAGCGUGUUCCUGGAGAGCGACGUGACGUUUCCCAACCUGCCGGAGCUGAUCGAACACUACUACCUCAAACCUCUGCCUCAGCACGGCUCGCUGCGCCUGCAGAAACCCUACGGCAAGAACCAGAACAGCUGAGACCGGCUGACCCGGGUCACAGCCAGAACCCUCUGCAGGGACCACACAUCCUCUCUGGUCCCUCUGGGUUUCUCUCCUGGACCCUGUUCCCUCUUUGAUCCAGAGACUUUUAGGAUGAACUAGACUUUUGUUUUAGCAUAAAAACCUUUUCUGUCACUGAAAGAUGAUAAAACUGUUCAAACAACCGUUAAAGGUUUUAUUAUGUCAGAAAAAUCUGCAAAACCUGAUGAAACCUGUCAAAYUGACCCAGUUUUACAUGUAACGACAGGGUUCAUCCACCAGGGGGCGACAUCAGACUAAAGCACAUUUUAACAGAAACAUCAAAAAGAUUAAUUAAACUUCUUAAAAUGAAUGCAAAUUAAACUUAAUUUUUAACCAUUUCAUGAGAAAAUAUUUACUUUUGGUUAAUUUAUUAUUCAUCUAAAUUCAAACCUGCAGUUUUUCUGGUUUCACUGCAGGAACUAAAAACUUCAAAAAUGUUUAAUUCCAUGUUUUACUG